AUGCCCAACAUCGCCAUGUCGCUCAAGGCCCGCGCGGUCUCUGACCCGAUCAAGCUCAAUGGCAUGCCCAUCGGUUUUAUUCCAGACGUCGGCUCGGACGGUGGCAACGUGCAGACCAUGGUCGGCAUCAACGGCCUGCUCGCCGGUCGCGGCCAGUCGUACGCCUAUGGAUUCUACGACCAGACCACUUACGGCACGAUCUACCGCGGUUCCAAGCUUUUGGCCAGUGCACCGGACAUCUACGCUUCUGGCGCGAUUCUCGAGGCGAGCAUCAUGCCGGUUGGCUCGUGGGGCGGAUACACGCAGACGGACAACUCGCAGGCCACGGCGGUGUGUACCGUGAUGAAGAAGUUCACCGAUGCCGGCGUCGAGGUGCGAUUGAGGUUUGCACACGAGGUCAACUACUAUGUCACCACGGGCGAGUAUGCUCCUGGCAACGACAAUGGCGUGUCCGCGUUCAAGACGGCUUGGGCGCAAGUGAGCGCUGCCUGCAAGACGAUCGCUCCCGCGGUCAAGAUGUGGUACUGUCCCAACGCCGCCAACUUGUCCGUGUACGAGACGUACCUGCCGGACAACUUUAACUCGACUGUCCAGAUGAUUGGUGUCGAUUUCUAUCCCUCUGCCAACAACUUCGCGACAGCAGCCAACUACAUUCAGACCGUCAAGCCGUUCCACGACAAGUACUCGUCAAGCAGCGUGCCUUUCGUCAUUGCCGAGGCGGGCACCCAUGCGCAGGAUGCCAGCCUCCAGGACCGAAUCGCCUGGCUCCAGGUGCUCGCUUCGGACCAGGUCAAGUCGGCGCUGCCCAACCUGGAGAGCAUCACGUGGUACAAUGCGCUGCGCAAGACCGACGUGUUGUCCAACGGCGUCGGUGGCGAUUUCAGGAUCUUGGACCCCAACAACUCGACCUUCCCGAACCAGUAUGCACAGGAUUUGUUCCCCGUGGUGCAGAACGCACAGGCGUCCGCGUCGGCUGUGUCGGUUGCAUCCGCUGCCACUGCUACAUCCAGCAACGCUGCCCCAUCCAGCUUGCCUUCAUCGUUGAGGGGCCCUAGUUCCGGCGCCAAGGUCAACCGCGUCUCGUUCGCCGGUCUGGCUGUCACUGCACUCGCUGCCGUCUCCGCUCUGUCGUACCUCUAG